CUGAACAAAUAUUAAAAAAUAGUGCAUUAAAAAGAAUAAUUCUGUAAAAGUGUGCGAUGACGACUGGUUUCAGGAUCUGAUAUGGGUGUUCUUGUUGCUGUUGGGGGAGGGAGAGGUGGUCUCUCACUCUCUUGUUCAGAAGUUAGGUCUCGGGGAUGGAGCGAAACUUCACCUUUGAGUUUGUUCAAGGUCCGUUUUUUAUUGCUAGGAUUUGGUUUCAAAAGGGGAAGACUGGUUUUUGUGGAGUUUAAUUCCACAAUUCUUAUGGAUCUGGAGUUUGAUGUAUUUAUGAUUCUGAAUUUUGAUGAGAUUAUGAUUGGGCAGAUUCGGUUUAUUUCAUGGGAUUCGGGUCUGAUCUGGAUUGCGACUCCAUUACUCCGGAUCGGGGUGCGGAUCUCUCUGUGCUUCCAUUACUCAGGAUUUCUCUUUGAAGAUUAUUGGAAAAUGGGAUUGUCGAAGCAAUGAUGAUACUAUUGGAUUUGGUUUGGAAUCACUUAUCUCAUUUUUUCCCUUUGGCUGCCUCUAGUUCGCUUCAAUUCACUCAGCAUUCCCUGGUUAUUUUUCUUGGGUGGUGUUCAAGGUUUCUUACUAUCGCGAGAUAUGGCUCAAUUAGCGUCCAACAAGAGUAAAGCUUCCCUGGUUCGUACCGACACAGUGACGAUCUCCAAUUCGGUGUUGGCUCAGAGAAUUCAGCAGUUUUCAAUGACCCUCAUUGGCAGGUUAAUGAAUCCGGUUCGUCAGAUUAUGGAGUCCUUGGUAGCUAAUUUUCCAAAAAUUUGGAAACUAGAGGAGAAAGUAGUGGGAGCAGAUCUAGGACAAGGUGUCUUUCAGUUCAAUUUUGAUGAUGAAGAGGAUAUCCCGUCCAUUUUACAGAAUCGUCCGUACCAUUUUGAUGGUUGGAUGGUUUCUCUGGAGAGAUGGGAGCCGAUCAUUUCCUCCUCUUAUCCUUCUGCGAUUAACUUCUGGGUGAAGGUGACUGGGAUUCCUAUGCACUUGUGGGAGGUGGCAACCCUUGAAGCCAUUGGUAAGAAGAUUGGGAAGAUUCAAGAGGUUGAUGAGGAAGCGGGCAGUCUCUGUGUUUUUGUCAAUGGGUUUAAUCCUCUGAUUUUCAAGAUGGUGGUGCCUUUAUCUACUGGUGAUGAAAUUGUAGUUUCCCUAGAGUAUGAGAAAUUGGUGGGUGUAUGCGAUCAUUGCUCUAGGAUGACUCAUGAUUCGAAAGUGUGUCCAGAGGUUCAUAAGGUUGGUACGGGUCAUGGUACUGAUGAGCAGUCGGAUAAAAGGGGUGGAAGCAAGAGUUGCAUCAUAACGUUGGGUGCUGGGAAAAGCCUAGGAAGCAUGCUAAGAGAGCUUUAGACUUCCAGUCUGCGGAGGCUGGUGAGCAUGGUUACUUCCCGCAGCAGCGUUUUGGUGGUAGUGGUCCUUAUGGUCCUCUUCAACAAGAGCGGUUUCACGGUCCGGUUUGGGGUCAAAAGAGGAGUUUUGGGGAGGUUGUUGUUCGUGAAGAAGGGACUCGUCGUAGCUUUCAA